AUGAAGGGUUUUCCCAAUGAGAUAUAUGUAGAAACAGUGCCUAAAUGUACCCAACAAAGUACUCGGGCAGAACAGCAAGCUACAUAUGUCUCUGAUUACAACACCGCGUCCUUCCAAGAGCCCGCAAACCACAUUCCAUCGAAUGCAUAUGGGAUGGGUUCUUUCACUCGAAUGAUGCAGGACGACCAAUUUCACUUGCCUUUUAGUUCUCAUAUAGCUUCACCAGUACAUGCGGGGGGACGCGUGAUAGUGUUCGUCCAGCCUGCUCCGUCGUCAUCGAACACCGUGGCAUCUUCGCCGAUGCAAUUGCAUAGCUACUCUCCUAUGCAAGGUGAUGAUGGUUCACGGUUUCGAGAAGAGCCAAAUCAUUUUGAUGAUGUUGUGAAUAAUGAAUUUUCGGUGUAUGAUGUGUAUGCGGAAAUGGAUGAUGAGGACGAGAACGGAGACGGGGAUGAUGAACCUACACAGGUGGAAGAUGGUCAGCCGUUGGUUAGAACUCCCAUACCUUGGUUCAGUGAGGUACCCGAGAACUAUGAAGUUGAUCAGUAUUGGGCCGAAUCGGGUAGCCACACCUCUUUUGUUCCCGGGGGAGAAUUUGAGAAGGGAAUGUAUUUUGAGAGCAAGAAACUGCUUCAAGAAAUGGUGAAGAUGUAUUCUAUUCAGAGGAAUCAAUUCUACACCACAGUGACCUCGAAUGAUGGUGUCCUACAUCUGCGAUGCAAGAACAAAUGUGGUUGGAUGCUACGGGGUACCAAAUCGAGUGAGCACUCACGUGGUUUUACCAUAGUCACGUACAAAGGCCCGCAUCGGGAGACAUGUGUCAGUGAAGUACUAUCUAAUGAUCACCCACACUUGGAUUCGUCCGUAAUAGCCGAGUACGUGAAGUCCUUUGUGCGGAAAGAUCCUUCGUUGAAAGUGGAAUUCAUACAGGAACUGAUCUCGAAGCAAUUUCAUUUCGAUGCCCCGUAUCGACGAGCGUGGUAUGCCAAGGAGAAAGCUAUAGCUGAGAUAUUUGGGGAUUGGGAGAGUUCAUAUGGAAAACUUCCCCACUUCAUGCAAGCACUCCUACGGUCGAACCCGGGAACAUGUGUCGUAUGGAAACACAAAGCUUUAGUGGAUGGUGUAUACUACAGCAACAUGGAAGUGUUUGAACGAGUGUUUUGGGCCUUCGGUCCUUGUAUACAUGGCUUUAAACAUUGUAUGCCUGUUAUCUGUAUCGAUGGGACGCACUUGUACGGGAAGUAUAAAGGAACACUGUUGGUUGCUACGAGUGUUGAUGCAAGCUUCCAAGUAUUUCCUAUUGCAUUUGCGGUGGUUGAAGGGGAAAACACUUCCAGCUGGUCUUGGUUCCUAGGUUGUAUUCGAGAUCGUGUCACGCAACGGGAUGGCCUUUGUGUUAUUUCUGAUCGGCAUCCUGGGAUCAUUGCAGCAAUGAAUGAUCCCAAUGUUGGAUUCACCCAGCCCCGAGCGCAUCACAGGUUUUGUGUCCGCCACAUAGCCUCUAACUUGAAGACUCACGUGCGAAGUAACGAUAUGAGAGACAUGUUCAAGGCCGCUGCGUACCAAAGGCAAGAAAGAAAACUUCAAGCUGAUUUGUGUUUCAUUGGUGAGGCCUGUCCCAAGGCCAUUGAGUACAUUGCUCAAGUCCCGUUCCCUAUGUGGUCUCUGUUUCACGACAGUGGUCGCAGGUAUGGUAUAUGUACUACUAACUUCUCGGAGACAUUCAACAAUGUGCUGAAAGGAGCUCGGUUUCUACCGAUUAUGUCCCUUGUCGAGUUAACCUUCCACAGAGUUAACAAGUAUUUCACUUUGAGAAGGGAGUCUUCUGAGGCUAGGUCUGAUCAGGGACUUCCAUACCCCUUAAAGGUCACUGCCAUCCUCGAGAAGAACACCGCUAAAGCCAGAUAUCAUAGAGUGGAUGCCUAUAACCGGCGAUUGCAUAUUUACCAAGUGACAACAGAGAGGGGAGAGAGAGUUGGUAAUAAAGGAGGCCACAAGCAUACGGUGAACUGGCAGUUGAGAACGUGUACGUGCAACAAACCGAAGAUAUUCCACCUCCCAUGUUCUCAUGUGCUAGCAGCCUGUGCUACAUACUCACUAUCAGAACGGCCUUGGGUGGACCCUCUGUUGCAGUCGGCCGCCUACAUGAACACCUAUGCACCACACUUCUGGCCGAUCCCCUGCGAGACAACCUGGGCACAGUGGGCACAGUACGUAGGCCCUAAAAUCAUUCCGGACGGCACAAUGAUACGUGGAAAAGGUCGUCCAAAGUCGAAGCGCAUACGCAAUGAGAUGGAUGACAGCAACCGGCCCCCAACCAAAUGCAGCCGUUGUCACCAACAAGGUCACAACCGCACUACUUGUCCAUCUAGACCAACAUAG